AUGAUAAUAACUGUUGUUUUGGGGCAUGUACGUUACUCUGUUCCCGAAGAAAUGAAACCAGAAUCAUUUGUGGGUAAUAUUGCUAUUGACCUUAAAUUAGAUCUUAAAAAAUUGCCUACACGAAAAACUCGAGUUGUUUCUGAAAAAAACGACCGUUAUUUUCGCAUAAAUAUGGACACUGGUGUUUUGAUUAUAAAAGAAAAAAUAGAUAGAGAAGACGUGUGUAAGCAUAUGCCUUCCUGCAUCCUGCCGUUUGAGGUUGUGUUAGAAACCCCACUUGAAAUCCACAGCAUUGCUGUAGAGAUUAUGGAUAUAAAUGACAAUGCUCCAAGCUUCCCAGCACAAUCAGUGACGUUGGAAAUUAGCGAGUCAGCUUUGCCAGGAGCGCGUUUCUUGCUGGAAGGUGCACAUGAUCCAGACGUGGGCAUUAACUCCCUCAAUACCUAUUCGUUAACUAAUAACAAAUAUUUUACUUUGGAUGUUAAGAUUGGAUCUGAUGGCAGAAAAUAUGCAGAAAUUGUGCUGGAAAAUUCCUUAGACAGAGAAGUAGAAAAUGAGUAUUCUGUAAUACUAACAGCUGUGGAUAGUGGAAACCCACAAAGGUCUGGCACACAGCAAAUACAUAUAAUUAUCUUGGAUGCUAACGAUAACCCGCCAGUGUUUAUUCAAGAUAUAUAUCAAGCCAAAUUACACAAAAACUCGCAGAUAGGGACUUACGUAAUUACAGUGAAAGCAACGGAUGAUGACGAAGGUUCUAAUGCAGAUAUAGCAUAUUCAUUCAGCCAUACUUUAGACCUGCCACCAAAGCUUUUUGAAGUAGAUCCCAAGAGUGGCGAAGUUAGUCUAAUCGGACAACUAGAUUAUGAAGAAGCACGAUUUUAUGAUAUUGCCGUCCAGGCAAAAGACGGUGGGGGACUUGUCACCCACUGCAAAGUAAUUGUGGAUAUAAUUGAUGUCAAUGAUAACCUCCCUAGAAUAACUGUUACAUCCUUCUCCAGUCCUGUACCCGAAGAUUCUCCGCAUGGAACUGUAAUCGCUAUUUUGAACAUCCAUGACCUGGAUUCAGGUGAAAACGGCCAAGUUCGUAGUGUCAUUAAUCAUGCUUUCCCUUUUAAAUUAAAAUCCACUUUAAACAACUACUUUACCUUAGUUACCGAUCGCCCUCUUGACCGGGAAGAAACACCAGAGUACAACAUCACCAUUUUUGCUUCUGAUAAAGGGUCGCCUCCUCUGUACAGUAACAAAACAAUUUUUCUGGAAAUUUCGGAUAUCAAUGACAACCCUCCAACAUUUGAAAGGUCAUUAUUCACUGCGUCUGUAAUGGAAAACAACCCUCCUGGAUCAUCUAUUUUUACUGUAAUGGCCCAUGACCCAGACUCGUGUGAAAAUUCACACCUCUCCUACUCUCUUGUAGAUACUCAGUAUCAAGGAAUGCCUGUAUCGUCCUAUGUAUACAUUAACUCCGACAGUGGUGUCAUACACUCAGUGCAAUCUUUCGAUUACGAGAAGCUAAAAGAAUUACAAAUUCAAGUUAAAGCACAAGAUCGUGGUUCUCCGCCUCUAAGCAGUAAUGCGACCUUGAACAUUUUUAUACAAGACCAGAACGACAAUGCCCCAAAUGUGUUGUAUCCAAUGCAAGAGGAUGGCUCUUCAUUGACAGAAAUAGUGCCCCGUUCCGCAGCUGCAGGAUAUCUCGUCAACAAGGUUGUAGCUAUCGAUGCUGACUCGGGACAGAAUUCGUGGCUUACGUAUCAGUUGCUGAAGGCCACAGAACCGGGGCUUUUCACUGUUGGAGUUCACAACGGAGAAGUUAAGACAGUACGUCACAUUCUUGACAAAGACGUCACAAAACAAAGGUUGGUUGUCCUAGUAAUGGACAACGGACAACCGCCUCUGUCUGCCUCGGUAAUCUUUAAUGUUGCGGUUUCAAACAACUUGCCAGGUGCUUUGUCAGAAAUGCAUGCUUUUUCUGAGGAAUCAGAACACAGAACGGACUUGACAUUCUAUUUAAUUAUAGCACUGGCUUCAGUGUCAUCUCUUUUUCUGCUUUCGGUGGUAUUGAUGGUCUCUUUAAAGUUCUGCCAGACCACGCACUUUGGGCUGAUUGACCUGGCAAGUGCGACACUUCCUGCAAUCCCCGGUUCAUAUGCAUCACUCAGUUAUGCCGGGGCAGAGGGUCGCCAAAUAUACAGCUACGAGUUCUGUUUAGCAAGCGACUCUAGAAAAGAAGAGUUUCCUUGA